AUGACCCGAGCACGAAACGUGGAGGAAGGCAUAAAGCACGUUACGUGGUUCGUGCGGCCACUGCUAAGCGUAAUCGGAGCCUGGCCAAUGAACGUCGCGUCUUCUCUACAUUCGAAGAUACUAAAAUGGCUUCUGAUCUUUUUCAUUUACUUUCUGCAACUCGGUGUCAUGGUACCAAGCAUUCUGUACAUCGUGCUGAAAGUGAAGAACAACAGAAGUCGAAUAAAGUUGAUAAUGCCACAUGUCAACUCCGUGUGCCAAUUGACAAAGUAUACUGUCCUCUUACGGCGGCAUAACCAGAUCCGUCAGUUGUUGAACGACUUGAGACACGAGUGGCUAAAUGCCACGAAAGAGGACCAAUGGAUUUAUACAACGAGAGCCAGUAUUGGACACAGGCUGAUGAUGCCAUUCGUAAUCCUUCUGUACACCGGCGGCACGAGUUUACGAGCGAUCAUUCCGCUUUUGAGGGGCAAGAUCGUUCUGCCGAAUAACACGACCAUGAGACUCCUACCGUGUCCAGGUUACUUCGUCUUCUUCGACGAACAGCUCACGCCCAAUUACGAAAUUACUUUUGCCAUGCAAGUUCUCUGCGGGUUCGUUAAUUACACAACAUUGUGCGGAACGCUCGCGCUUUGUUCGAUGCUUUGUCUACACAUGUGUAGCAUGAUGAGAAUCUUGGCGAACAAGAUGAUCGAGCUUUCGAAUCAGUCGGAUACAGAUGAAAACGCUGUGCAGGAGAAGAUCACGGACAUUGUUGAGUAUCACACUAAAAUCAAAAGAUUUCUUCAUCGAGCUGAACACGUCACCUCGAGUAUGUAUUUCGUCGAGAUCAGCAACGAGGUGGUAAUCUCGUGUGUACUUGGAUACUGUAUUAUUAUGGAGUGGGAAAGUAACAGCGUGACAGGGAUAAUAACAUACUUUACGUUGCAAGCGACAACAACAGUUGGCACGUUCACGAACUGUUACAUUGGUCAACUUCUCAUCGACGAGAGCGACAUUGUUAAAAAGGCAUCCCAUACGUUCAAUUGGUACCGGUUCCCUUUGAAAAAGGCACGCAGUUUGGUCAUGAUUAUCAUUACGUCGAAUUACCCAAUGAAAGUCACGGCAGCAAAAAUUGUGGAAAUGUCAUUAGCUACAUUCACCGACAUCGUGAAAACAACAAUGGCAUAUUUUAAUGUGCUACGAAACACCAUUUAA